UUACACCAAUCAUAACAAUAGGAAGGGAAGGACAACGCCUGGGUUAGGUUGUCAGUCUGGGCAAUAACAAACCACCCACUUAUUUGUUCUAAGAGUCACGAGAGUUCGGUGAGGAGAAGGAAGAAGACACGAGGUGACCGAAUAUUAAACAAGCGAUCACGGUUGCACGUAAAUAAAGUGCACUGGGUAGAAAUUACCCUCGGAUGUUGACAGAAUUUGCGACGUUGAAGCUUGCUAUUUCGGUGAGUGAUAGUAAAAGCCAGCUAGCCAGCACGCUAGCUACCUAACGCUUGCAUCUGAAGCUGAAAACCAAAAGUUGCAGCGUGGUGAACGUGUUCUUCGGUCAAGAAACGCUUCGAACAAAUUAUAUGCCAUUGAACCACUGCGAAUCCACUGAACGUGUUGGGAGCACCGGUCUCAAGGGUGUCACACGCUUUAUUGUGCCGCUUGAGAAUGCUUGCUGCCUGUGGUGGCUGACUGUAUUGUCGACUAUCGGGGUCCAACCCCAUGCUUGCAGGAAUGCGUGCUAGCUUGCCAGCUAGUUAGCGUCUGUUCUAUGUUAGCCGAGUUUUUGACAUUGGCUAUCACAUUUAGACCCCUAAAGACGACCAGCAACCACAUCUGUUCUCUAGUCUUCAGACUGAACGCUGGGCAACAUUAUAUCAUAUUGUGAGAGACGCCUUGUCAUGACAGUCCGCUCAAAUUAAAGCUAGCUAGCUAGCCAGCUAAUUUGGAGUCUUCUGAAAAGCUCAGACGCAGAGUAUGCAGGAUAAGAAAAGAUUAGGGAUUAGUAGAUAGGGGACACUGGAAUUAUCAAUUAGAUAUAAUCUGUAGCUGCAAGGACUGUAUUUGUAAAUUCGUCUCGAAAGAAAGAAUGAAGAAGUUUUCGCGAAUGCCUAAGUCUGAAAGCGGGGGACUUGGAGGUGGGUCCGGCUCCUGCUCCAGCUCUGGAGUCAGCAACUACUUCGGGAAAGUGUUUGCUGUCGGGCGAUAUCAGGUCACCGUGGAAGAGCUAAUUGCCGAAGGGGGCUUCUCCGUGGUCUUCCUGGCUCGCACGCACGCUGGCGUCCGAUGUGCCCUGAAAAGGAUGUAUGUGAACAACGUCCCUGAUCUUAGCAUCUACAGGAGGGAGGUCACCAUCAUGAAGGAGCUGUCUGGUCACAAGAACAUAGUGGGGUACCUGGACUCUUCCAUCAGCGCUGUCUCUGACAGUGUGUGGGAGGUGCUCAUCCUAAUGGAGUAUUGUAAAGCGGGCCAGGUGGUGAAGCAGAUGAACGAGAGGCUAGGUGUGGGCUUUAGCGAGCCUGAGGUUCUCACCAUCUUCUGCGACACCUGUGAGGCGGUGGCCCGGCUGCACCAGUGCAAGACUCCGGUCCUCCACCGUGACCUCAAGGUGGAGAACAUCCUGUUGAAUGACCAGGGGAGCUACGUCCUGUGUGACUUUGGGAGCGCCACACACAAAGUGUUGCUCCCGCACAAAGAUGGAGUCACCGCCGUGGAGGAUGAGAUCAAGAAGUACACAACCCUGUCAUAUCGAGCCCCAGAGAUGAUCAAUCUGUAUGCAGGGAAACCCAUCACCCCAAAGGCAGAUAUAUGGGCACUUGGAUGCUUGUUGUACAAGCUGUGCUUCUUCUCUCUUCCGUUUGGGGAGAGUCAAGUUGCCAUAUGUGACGGAUCCUUUAUCAUUCCGGAUAAUUCCAAAUUCUCCUUCAAGCUGCACUGCUUAAUCAGAUACAUGCUUGAGCCAGAGCAGGAGAAGAGGCCUGACAUCUAUCAAGUCUCCUACUUUGCCUUCAAGUUUGCUGGGAAGGACUGCCCAGUGCCAAACCUCUUUAGCUCACCCCUGCCCACAGCCCUUCCGGAGCCGCUAACCGCCAGCGAGGUCGCAGCCAGGAGGAGCAUGACAAAAGCCAGGAUAACUGAGAGUGUGGGCCCUACGGAGACAUCCAUCGCCCCGAGGCAGCGUCCGAAGGCGGCUGGCAGCAACGCCCUCCCCACCGUCCCCCCUGCCAAGAUGCCUGUGCCCUCUGCCCCUGUCAGCAACGGCCAGAAAGCUCCAACUCCUGGGAACGGGCCUUCAGUUAUGCUGACACAGCAACCCCUGCAGCAGAGCGGCCUGCAGCAGAGCGGCCUGCAGCAGAGCGGCCUGCAGCAGAGCGGCCUGCAGCAGAGCGGCCUGCAGAAUCGUGUUCUGCAGCAACUGCAGCCAGGAGACCUGCGACUUCAGCAGCUACAACAACAUACUGUUCAGGCAAACACACAACAGUUCCAAUACCUCCAGUACCAGCAGGCCUUGCAGCAGCACAUGAUGAUGCAGCCUCUGUAUCAACACCAGGCCCACUACACUGCCAUGAUGCACCAGUACCAGCAGGCCUUCGUCCAGCAGCAGCACAGCCCCCAGCCACUCCCAUACCUGGCCUCCCCUCUGGACUUCCAGCUGCCCCUGGGCUCCUACAGCCCUGCAGGGGCUGGACCUGUUCACCCGUCAGGAUCUCCACCUGUGGACCCUCCAUACACCAACACCAGAGCCCCUGGCAUGGUGACCCCCCCUCAGGCCCCCGGGGUGGUGACCCCCCUGGUGACCCCUCCCCCCCAGGGUGCCAUCAGCAACCCCCCAGACAUGUCUCGCUGGAACCCCUUCGGAGAGGACAACUUCUCCAGGCUCACCGAGGAGGAACUGCUGGACCGAGAGUUUGACCUGCUCAGAGCAGGCAAGCCUGUGGACAGAGCGCCUGCCCCCCCCACGCCCCUCGUCCCUGAGGACCUGUUUGGCUCGGUCCCCUUCCUGGCUGGAGCAGGAAGAUCCAGUGUGAUGUUGACUGACCAGACCAGCGUAGACCUUAGCCUCCCUGGUCUCGGCCUUGAGCCCCUUCCUGCUCCAACCACCGAGGAGAACCUGCCACCAGCAGCAAAGGAGCACAAACCAGGGCGGAGGAAAGACAACUCUGCCAGCCCGCACACCCGCAGGCCGGGGGAGGAGUCUGACAGUGACUUUGAGUCCGAUCCACCUUCCCCCAAGAGCAGUGAGGAGGAUGAACCAGAGGAGGAUGAAGGACUGAACAGUGAGCACGGCGAGUUCAAUGACGACACAGAACCUGAGAACCUGGGCCAGAGACCUCUGCUCAUGGACUCUGAAGAGGAGGCAGAGGAAGAGGAUGACAAGCACAGCUCUGACUCGGACUACGACACCAGGAAGAUCAAGGGUCGAGCAAGAAAGCUUCCAGGCACUAAAGAUGCAGUUGUGGGCAUUUGUCCCAGUCCGCAGGAGUCCCUGAUCACCCCUCCGGAGUCUCCCAGAGCUGCUGUGGGAGCGCCCCCUGGUGGCAAUGCCGUGGACGUGUUUGGCGCUGUUCCCUUCCUUAGAGGAGCGCAGCCCACAGAGAGUGCUGACAUUUUUGCCAGGGCACCUUUCAGGCAGGUUAGCCAAGAGCAGCAGGCCAUGGACGAGUUUGAUGUCUUCACCAAAGCACCAUUCAGCAGGAACCUUUCUAAGUCAGGAAAGAGUUCCAGUGACGUCCCCAUGGGCCAAACACCACCCAUUUCCCCAGAGGUCAUCGACGUGUUUGGGUUUUCUCCCUUCCAACCUGGCCCCACCGCCCCAAUGACAUCCAGAAGUGCUGAAGACAUCUUCCGUCCAUCUUUUGAGGAGGCACCAAGUCCCCUGCAGCAGCAGAGGCUGAAGCAGCGCAGCCUACAGAAGCUGUCUUCACGCCAGAGGAAAACCAAGCAGGACACUUCCACUGGAAGCAACGGCAAGCGGCACCAUGGUACUCCCACUGGGGGGCGCAAGAGCAACAAGCCCAACUUCCGCACCCCAGAGAGAGUCCGUAGGCACAAGAAGGUCGGCAGGAGGGACUCUCAGAGCAGCAAUGAGUUUCUUAGCACCUCUGACUCAAAAGAAAACAUUAGUGUUGGUGUGCCGAUGAGUGACGGGAAAGACAAAGGGGCCUCCUUGCCAGCGGAGGAUGCCAUCUUGGACCCUUUCGGAGCCAAGCCCUUUCAUCCCCAGGACGGUGGUCGGCACGGCCAGUACCAAAGCCUGGCCGAUGGAAAGGGGGACCUGGGCUCAGCCAGCACCAGACCCCGGACCUGCUCUCUGCAUGGAGCACUUGGGGACAGCAACAUCAUGGAUGACUUUGGGGACAGCAACAUCAUGGAUGACUUUGGGGCGGUGCCCUUUGCGGAGGGCGGCAGCGGGGCUCAGCAGCCGCCCCAGCAGGGAGAGCUGGACCCCUUUGGAGCUGCGCCGUUCCCUUCCAAACCCUGAACAUGUGGUCUUCCAGAAAUGCUGACUCCAGCACAUCGCUGUGUAACAGUCUUUGCUGUUAUGGGAUGGACAAUGCCAUGAUGAAGAUGGCAGCUUUGUGGUGUUGUGGCAGUUGGUUUCCUUAGCAUGUGCUUUCUAAACCACUCCUCCGAAGUGUCUCCUUAUUUUUGCAGGGGACCUUUUAAUGCACAACGACCGAAUAACACAAAGUUAUACCUGAGGAGCAGACAAUUUAUUUCGGGUUCUGUAUUCCUUCCGCCUAUACCUAUUUGCUGAGGAGCCUGUAAUGCUGCAUCAUAUAAUGUGUUCUGAGCAUCGCAUUGAUACAUUUGAACAAGUGAAAAUGUCUUUGGUUUCCCUCGAUCAUACUGUCACAAGCUUCCUCAGUGUCCAACUGCUUGAGUUGCUGCAAAAAACUGAAAUAAGAAGCUGGAUGGGUUAGGGUUAUAGAAAGUAGUGGGCUGCUUCUUCAUCCAACAGUAAGAUUCAUUUAGCACCAUAAAGCCUUACAAGGCCCCGCCUUGCUGCACAGUACCUCGUAAACUAGUUCACAAUAGAUAACAUUACUCUUUGUGGAAGCAUAAUUGUUUUGAAGUAGGCCUUUAUCACUAGUUCACACAAGUUAGACCUUUUUCUAUGCAUAUUUUUACUUUUAAAUUCUGUCAUUGGUUCAGAUAAGUUAGAAAAAAAUAUUUAAUACAAGAAGGGAUUCAUUUGUUGAAUUUCUUUAAGAUGGGUUUUUAAUCAGAAUGGUUUUAAUCUAGAAUAUUAGGUAUCCAUUUACAAACUUAUGAGCAUUACAGCUAUGUGUAAAAGUACUGUUCUAUUUUGAAAUUUAUAUUUGACCUCAAAUGUAAUUUUAUUUGGAGAGAAAUUAUAUUUCCUGCAUGAAAUGUAUGGAAGUACUCGCAUCCAUCUGAAAGACUUCCUGACUGUGUGCACUUCCACUCUUGAAAUGAAGAGCAAAAUAAGGAGCUAUUGAAAGUUCAUCUUUUUACUGCAGACUUGUGGAGCUUUACUGUCUUACAUGACUACUGCUACAAAUGUUGCAGAAACGAGAAGUAAAAAUAUUACCCAGUACAACUAUGAAUUUAAAUCGGCCAAUAAAUUGUUCACUUUUUAAAAUAAAUGUACUUUUAAAGUA